UUGAGGUGUUGUUUUGCUGAGUGUGCACGACCGCCGCCGCUGCCAUGCCGUUAUGGCUUGCCGCUUGUCCCGGUGUGCGCCGCUGCCGCUGUCCUGCUCGGGCGAACUCGCAGUAACGCCGCUGCCGUUUAAAGGGCAGCAGGCUGGUAGUGCUGAAUCAUCACGAUCCGGUCGUCAUCCAGACCCGCACAUGCUGUUCCGACACCGGGUCGCUUGGAGCCAACAGCCACGCCGACCGAGAAACCAGCGAUUUCAUAAUAACACAGACAAAGGGGGUUGCGUACGGCUGUCAAGCUUAAAAAAAGAAGCCAUGUGUCGGAAUUAGGAGACCGUGCGGGGAGAGCGAGUCGGUGCCGCUGGCAUGCCCGGGGAUUCCCUUGUUUUGCGGCGACUAAAUGGCUAGUUAUUCGGAAAGGUUAACGUGAGGAGAUGAAAACCCUUAGCGUAGAUUAACAACUUAAAUAAGCGGAAACCCUCAAAAACAACACCUAGCUUCCCCGGCUGUCCUCUCCUUGGGGUGCUGAGGCAAACUGGAAGCUUCCCGCUGUCGCUUCACCGACGUCUGUUGCUCCUUCACAGGUCUGUUCAGAAGAGCAAGGCUCUUGUGGCAUGACGACGACUAACAAAGGAAAUAAAGCCUUGAAGGUGAAGCGUGAGCCGGGGGAGAAUGGCACCAGCCUCACAGACGAGGAGCUGGUGACCAUGUCAGUGCGAGAGCUGAACCAGCACCUCAGAGGGCUCACCAAAGAUGAGAUCCUGCAACUUAAACAACGGCGGCGCACCCUGAAGAACCGGGGCUACGCUGCCAGCUGCCGGGUGAAGCGGGUCACCCAGAAGGAGGAGCUGGAGAAGCAGAAGGCCCAGCUGCAGCAGGAGGUGGACAAACUGGCCAAUGAGAAUGCUUCGAUGCGUGUGGAGCUGGACGCUCUGAGGUCUAAGUACGAGGCGUUACAGACCUUCGCCAGGACUGUGGCACGGAGCCCCACCGUUGGGGUCGGGGUGAGGGCUGGAGGGGGAGGAGGAGGAGGGGGAGGGGUGGCGUCGUCAGUCAUUGGCCCACUCAUACCGGGGAAGAUGGCAACAGCGACGAGCGUGAUUACAAUAGUGAAGUCAAAAACAGAUGCACGGUCUUGAGGGAGGGAAAGAUAGAUGAGGGUGCGUCGGGAUGGGGUUCAGCUGCGACAGAGCAAUUCUUCUUCUAUGCCGGCCACCUCUCCUCCACCUGCACUGACGUCAAACAGCUGGGCAGUCUCGAUCGCAUGGCGGCAGCAUGUUCCCGUCAACUGUCUCAGAGCAGUGCAGGUGAAGGAAAGGAUGGACGCAGAGGAAUAUAAUUGAGACUAUAAAGAUGCAAGUCCUUGGUCAGCGUAUGAUCAUUUAGCACAGGACAGAUACACAGGGUUCCAACGGUCACUGAAAGCCUGGAAAAGUCAAAGAAUUUGUUUUAUUCCAGGCGAGGGGAAAAAAAAGUCAAAGUAUUUAAUUGCCCAAAACACUGGAAAAAUCAUGCAAUUUUGUUUUGUUGCUAUUUAUGUAAGUCAAAGUGUUCAGUGUCAAGUUUUACUGCUGGUAUCUAGAUAUCUGUAAAAAUCCUGUCAUUCAUUUGCACACUAGAUAUGAAGCGGACGUUUGCCUGAACAAAGAUGUAGAAUGCCUGAAUUCGUUCGUACCAUAGGCUUGGGUGGUAUACCUUCCUGAAAUUUCACCAGGAUAUAUGAUAUAUGGCGGUAUAAGUGUGUAACGCCAACCGGUAUUAAGUGCACCACUUACAGUCUUACUUUCAGCUUUUCAGUCUAAUAAAUAAACAAUAGAAACCUAAUAUUCUCACACCUGUUUUCCUUAUGAAACAGGGAAAUACAACUGUACACUUCUUGAAUUUGACUUUCUCUCUGUCACGGAAGACUAACAAGGCUUAAUUGUCUUGUUAACUCAUCAUAAAACACAUUUCAUUCAAACAGAAAUAGACAGAAACAAAAUAAAACUCUCCAAACCGUCUUGGUUACUCGUUAGUUAUGUAGUUAGUAAGUCCACUGUUAGAACAAUUCACCAAGUUGGAUGUGCCGUUGUUAUCCACCGGCUGCUUACAGUCAUGUAUCUUAUCCCUCCACCUCUAUGUGUUGUGUUGUCUUUCAGCUUGGCUGCCUAUUCCACUAGUGGAGACUGGGGACUGAGCUUUGGUGGGGCGUGCUGUGCACUACAUACAAUGAGUUUAUUAGAGAGAGGAGCAUUGUAUUAUGAUGGUAUUGAAAAACAUACAUUGGGAUUUCUAAAUACCCUGGUAUACCGUGAUACAGUGAUACCGCCCAAGCCUAGUACACCAACAAAAAUGGUCAAACACAUGCUUUACAUAUUAGAAUCAGGG